CACUUUGCUGGGCUGCCGGUUGAGUCAGCCUUAGGCCCUCACUGCUCUUCUCCUGGUCCCUGAACUUGACGGCCAGGGGAGCCAGGGCUACCUCACAAAGGCGUCCCCUCCAUUCUGGACCCCUACAGGGAGCCACGUGUGCCCAGCCUGGGCGCUGCCCCGGCUGAUGCCCCAGAGGGGCCACCCAGCUCCAGAGGGGCUCUGGUCCCUGCCUGGCCUCCUCAUGGCACAUGAGCCAGAGCCCGAUGGGCUCCUGGAUCUCAGCUUCCUGACAGAGGAGGAGCAGGAGGCCAUUGCCGAGGUCCUGAAGCGAGAUGCCCGCCUGCGCCAGCUGGAGGAGGGACGGGUCAGCAAGCUCCGGGCAUCACUGGCAGACCCUGGGCAGCUGAAGAUCCUAACUGGGGACUGGUUCCAGGAAGCACGCUCCCAGCGGCACCAGCACGCCCAAUUCGGCUCUGACCUGGUCCGAGCUUCUAUCCGCAGAAAGAAGGGCUGCAGGGGAGACCAGGCUGGAGGCAGCGAUGGGGAGGCCGAGGCUGCAGGGAAAGAGACUGAAGAGGCCCUGGAGCCCAGGCUCUCCGUAGACGAGGGCCCCCAAGAGAGGCUCAGCGAGGCGGAGGGACCGGAUGUCUCCUCACCAUGUGUCCCCACAAAGCCUUCAGAGCAGGAGGAGGAGCCCCAAGCCCAAGAAGAUGAGCCGGGAGCCCCUGACCUGGGGCACCCUCCGGUCAUCGCCGGCGAGGAGGCGGACCCGGAGAUGCAGCCGCCGUCGAGGGGAGAGGAGGAGCCGCAGCCCCCGCCUGCCCAGACCCAGGCGGCGUCUGAGAUGCUGGAGAAUGGGGAGGAGACCCCGGGGACCGACCCCUCGUUCGACCGCAUGCUCAGCAGCAGCUCCUCCAUGUCCAGCCUCAACUCCUCCACGCUGAGCGGCAGCCAGAUGAGCCUGUCAGGGGAGCCGGAGGCGGGCGCCGUGCAGGUGCGUGGCUCCGUGCACUUCGCGCUGCGCUACGAGCCGGGAGCCGCCGAGCUGCGCGUGCACGUGAUCCAGUGCCAGGGCCUGGCCGCCGCACGGCGCCGCCGCUCCGACCCCUACGUCAAAAGCUACCUCCUCCCGGAUAAGCAGAGCAAGCGCAAGACAACCGUGAAGAAACGGAAUCUGAACCCGGUCUUCAACGAGAUUCUCCGGUACUCUGUCCCGCAGACCGAGCUCCGGGGCCGCGUGCUGAGCCUGUCCGUGUGGCACCGCGAAAGCCUGGGUCGCAACAUCUUUCUGGGCGAAGUCGAAGUGCCCCUGAACACGUGGGACUGGGACUCCGAGCCCACCUGGCUCCCCCUGCAGCCCCGAGUCCCGCCCUCUCCCGACGACCUUCCCAGCCGCGGGCUGCUCUCUCUGUCCCUCAAGUACGUCCCCGCUGGCUCCGAGGGUCCGGGACUGCCCCCGAGCGGGGAGCUGCACUUCUGGGUGAAGGAGGUUCAGGAUCUCAUCCCUUUGCGCUCAGGGUCCCCAGAUACUUUCGUACAAUGCUCGGUGCUGCCUGAUGAUAGCCGGGCCAGCCGCCAGCGGACAAGGGUGGUGCGACGCAGCCUCAACCCCAUGUUCAAUCACACCAUGGUCUAUGAUGGCUUUGGGCCUGCUGACCUGCGCCAGGCCUGUGCGGAGCUCUCCCUCUGGGACCAUGGGGCCCUGGGCAGUCGCCAGCUGGGGGGCACACGCCUCAGCCUGGGCACCGGCAGCAGUUACGGGCUCCAGGUGCCCUGGAUGGACUCCACACAUGAGGAGAGGCGGCUGUGGCAAAGCCUCCUGGAGCGGCCAUGUGAGUGGGUGGAUGGCCUUCUGCCCCUCAGGACCAACCUGGCCCCCAGGACAUAGCUGCCCUACAUGCUCUACAAAACCCCUCUUUUGGGAUCCCCAUCUCAGGGCCUUCCCUUGGCUAAAAAAUAAAGUCUAUUCUGAGGG